AAGGCGGCUGUUUUUGAGAAGCAUCAAAUCACAAAAUUUAUUUUAGAAGCACCUGAUGAAAUUUUUCUUUCGUCUAAGGUUAUUCUCAUUAUAGGAAUUGCAGGAGCUUGUCGGACAGAUGAGCUCUGCAACAUGAAAAUGACAGAUGUAGAUACACGAGAGGAUAUGAUAGUCAUAAAUAUCCCUCAAACAAAAACAAAAUCUUCUCGAAAAUUUGUCAUUAUGGAGCCCACCUGGAUUGAUGUGGUUAAAAAAUACUUGACAAAAAGGCCGUCUCCUGAUAUGGCAAGGCUUUUCAUUGGGUUUAGAGGUGGAAAACCGACUAGACAAAACAUGGGACAUAAUACGAUAAGCAAGACACCUUAUAAAAUAGCUCAAUACCUACAACUGCCAAAUGUCGACGAAUUUACUGGCCAUACAUUGAGGCGAACAUCAGCGACUAUUUUGGCUGAUAUGGGUGGGGACAUAUUAUCACUCAAACGCCAUGGGGGCUGGAAAAGCUCAAUGGUUGCUGAAGGGUAUGUUGAGGAGUCUCUCACUGACAAAAGAAGAAUUGCAAAUAUAAUUCAGGGAACACCUCAUCACAUUAACCUACCUGCUCCUAGCUCUUCCAAUAUUUUAUGUGAGAGGAGUGAAGAAGUGUGUAGUGAAAUGCCAUCUACUUCCACACAUGCUGCUACAAACAGUGAAAUAACUAUACCGGUGGAGAACUUUACCUCCAAUCGCAAUACAUCGGGAAUCAAUAUGACGUGCCACAACUGCACAAUUAACUAUUAUUUCAAAUAAUUAUAGUUGAGGUGUUAAUCUUUAGUUACUUUGUUGUUAAUACUUAUUAUUCUCAAUUUUUUAAUAAACAUUUGUCUUUCGAAUAACACAAUAUUAUUUCUACAUUAACAUUUUCAUUAUUUAUUAUAAAAAUACUACUUCUUAACAGAUUACACAAAUUAGAGGUUAAAAAUGUCGCGUGCUCGUAAGAAUAACUGCAAUAGAUUUUUCAUGAUUGCUCUGGUGGCAUUCUUGCUGGAGUGUGGUCCAGGCGGCAAAUUUAAGAUUUCGCAAGAAAUUUCAGCUUCCCAGUUCUACAUCAUCUGUCAUUAAUAAACAAUGUAUAAAAUGUGGCAGCUUAAUGUCAAGUAAACACCUCAAC